AUGAGUGAUCGAGUCAUACACAUAGUUUCACUACCACUACAUUUUGUCGGAAAAAUCGUCGACAAGGAUGUUUUCUUCACGGAGGAGGGGCCUCCGCCGCCAGGAGGGUGGUUGUUUCUGUCGGUGGCGCAUGGGGAAUCGUCCGAGAGCGACGAGUCGGCUCGACAUGACUCGUCCGAGUCGAGUUUAGGUGCCUUGCGAGGGAGUUUGCUGAGGAAUUGCUUGAGCAUGGCGACCCAGAAGGUUGAAACGGAACACUAUACAAUCCCAACAAAGAAAGAGCAGGUUUACAAAGGUGAGAGAACAAGGACUAGAGAUAACAACUUGCUGGCCAAAUAUGAACUCUCAGGCAUUCCUCCUGCUCCCAGGGGUGUUCCUCAAAUCACAGUGUGCUCUGACAUUGAUGGCAAUGAUAUCUUGAAUGUCUCUGCUGAUGAUAAAACUACCGAACAAGAUCACCAUUACCAACGACAAGGGUAG